CAAAAACUCAUCAAAAACCAAAAACAAACAAACACACAUCAAAGCAAAAGAAGAAGAAGAAGAAGGCAAAAAACUUUUCAAGUAAGCAAGCAGAACCAUGGCACUGAUGAAGAAGAGUCUCUUUGCUCUUCUCCUCUCAUCACCACUUCUGAUCAUCUGUCUUACUUCAUUACUCACUUAUCCGGCUUCAGUUGGAGCUCGCCGGUUAGUGGAGGAGAUUCCUAAACCGGAAAUACCCAAACUGCCUGAACUACCUCACAUGGAGAUACCAAAAUUGCCCGAACUACCUCACCCGGAGCUACCAAAAUUUCCUGAGCUGCCAAAAUUGCCUGAGCUACCUCACCCGGAGCUACCAAAAUUCGAAGUUCCAAAGUUUCCGGAGCACCCUAAACUAGAGAUUCCCAAGUUACCUGAGUUUCCAAAGCCCGAGCUGCCCAAGAUUCCGGAAAUUCCGAAGCAUGAGGGGACUAAGUUGAUGGAGACUCCGAAGGUGCCAGAGAUUCCAAAACCAGAGCUACCAAAGGUACCAGAGAUUCCUAAACCGGAGCUACCAAAGGUACCGGAGAUUCCUAAACCGGAGCUACCAAAGAUUCCGGAAAUUCAAAAGCCUGAAGCUCCUAAGUUGCCGGAGUUGCCAAAGGUGCCGGAGAUUCAAAAACCAGAGCUACCAAAGGUACCAGAGAUUCCAAAGCCCGAGUUGCCGAAGAUGCCGGAGAUUCCAAAACCAGAGCUACCGAAGAUGCCUGAAGUUCCCAAGUUGCCGGAACUCCCAAAAGUUCCUGGAACUCACUAAAGCCUAUUGAACCGUAUGAAAGCCCAUCUACUUUAAGGGCCCCACACGCCCAUGAUCUAGAUUUUCUAUAUCACCUUUGUCUUGUGUGUCUAUCUCAUCGUCGUUUUCUUAGGGAACCAUAUCUAUGGUUUGUUCUCAUAGCUAUACUUUCUUUCUUCAUACACUUAUGCUUGUACUAUCUGUUAUAUACUUGUAUGUUUCAUACAUAUAAAUUUAUUUGUGUUUCAUAUACU